UGGAGUUAGGAAUUAGGAGUUAAGGAGUUAGGAGUUAGGAGUAUUCAAACUAUGAAGGUUUGUAUAAUAAUAAUAAUAAUAAUAUGUGCAUUGUUGGGCUACAUGAAUGUUUGUGGUGCUUGUAAUAACACGACGACAACAGAGCCAACAAAAGUGCAAGUACCAUGUUUCUUCAUUUUUGGAGAUUCAUUGGUAGAUAAUGGUAACAACAACGAUAUUCUCACUUUGGCUCGAGCCAAUUACGCACCUUAUGGCAUUGAUUUCCCUCAAGGUCCCACUGGCCGUUUCUCCAACGGUCUCACUGUGGUUGAUGUCUUAGCUCAACUAGUAGGAUUUUCAGACCUGAUUCCACCGUAUUCAGGGGCAAGGGGUAGAUCCAUGAUGAAGGGACUUAAUUUUGCUUCGGGUGCUGCCGGUAUUAGAGACGAAACUGGCAACAAUUUAGGGGCUCACAUUCCAAUGAAUCAGCAAGUAAACAACUUUGGGAGGAUUGUGAGACAAAUGAGGAGAUAUAUGAGAGGAGAUGCAAAUGCCUUAAAUACUUAUCUAAGCAAGUGCAUAAUCUAUGCUGGAUUGGGAAGCAACGACUACCUUAACAAUUAUUUUAUGACCGACUACUACUCCACUUCUACCCAAUUUACUCCGGCUGCGUAUGCUAAUUCUCUUAUACAAGAUUACUCACGUCAACUCACGGAUUUGUAUCGACUUGGAGUGAGAAAGGUGAUUGUAACCGGGAUUGGUCAAAUUGGUUGCAUACCCUACGAGCUUGCUAGGUACAAUGGUACAUCACUUAGUCGUUGUAAUGAUAACAAGAACAAUAUCAUUAAUCUCUUUAAUUCUGGCCUACGUCAAUUAGUUGAUAAUUUUAACAAUGCUCAAUUACCCGGAGCUAAGUUUGUAUACUUAGACACCUAUCGAGGAAGCAAAGACUUAUACACUAACAGACGAUCCUACGGGCUUGAAGAAGUUGAGACAGGAUGUUGUGGGGUAGGAAAGAACAAUGGCCAAAUUACAUGUCUUCCUUUACAGACACCUUGUGAGAACCGCAACAAGUAUUUAUUUUGGGAUGCAUUUCACCCAACUGAGGUGGCUAACAUCAUACUUGCUAAGAAGGCCUACUACUCCAAGUCCAAGUCAUUUGCAUAUCCUAUCAACAUACAACAAUUAGCUAUGCUCUAAUUACCAUUUUCAUUCAUAUAAUUCCUCCAACUCCAAUUUACUAGUCAUUAUUAUUUCAUGGUUUUCUGUAGUAUAAUUGAUGUCAUAUUUAUUUUUAUUCAAAGCGAACAGUGUAUGUGGAGUUAUACACGAGCAAGUUUUUAUUAGUUUACUUUAUUAUAUGAUCAAAUGGAUACGUACCAAAAAUGAAUAUUUCAGAAA